UUUUACCAGAGGGAAAAUAUUCCCGUUAAUAUUAUAAGAAUUUGAUUUAUGUAGUUUGCAUAACAAUUUAAUGACAGAAAUGGAAAGUUUGUCACCUUUUUGAGUAACAUUUUGUGAAACAACAGGCGAAUGUAUCGUGUCGCAGUCAAUGGAAGAUAAUGAGGAAAGCAAAUCCUCAAAUCGACGUUCGAAUCGCGUUAGUUACGAAUGCAAAAUUUGUUGCAAAACCGUCUAUUCCAAGUCGCACAAACAGUUCCACGAUGAAGUACACCGAACUACCCGGUACGCCUGUAACCGUUGCAACAAAACCUAUGUACACAAGCGUGAUUUGGAGCUGCAUCAUAAACAGCACAAUGCACCGAGUCGUUUCCAUUGCAGCAGAUGUACGGCCAGCUUCGACAGUGCGGCUCAUUUGCAGACACAUAAAGAAUCGAAACAUACACCGAAGGAGAAGUUUGCAUGCGAACUGUGUCCGCUGAAGUUUACACUUAAGGGCAACCUUACCAAGCAUCUCAUAGUGCACGACGGUAGCCGUUCCUUUUCAUGCGACCAAUGUGGUAAAACCUUUCUGCGCACAAAUGCGCUGAAGCACCAUAUGUUGAGUCAUCGCGUGAAGCGUUAUCAAUGUCAGUCUUGCAGUAAAGAGUUCAUCGAUGCCCGCAACCUUGAACGGCACCUAAAAACACAUUCGCGGCUGAAAGGUUUCAAGUGUUCGAUCUGCGGCGUUACGAGUACGCGCAGGGACAAUAUUGUACGGCAUGCGAAAAGCUUCCAUCCCGAAGGUGAUCUCAAAGUUAUCGUUCUUGCGAACGGCAACAUCAAUAGUGGUGAGAUAGACGCGAUCAAACAGGAAGCUUUAAAGAGCACCAAACCGGCACUUUCCACACCGGCAAUUCGGGUCAGCGUUAUACAGGUGAUUGGAACGCCAAAAACGCCACUUCCGUUGGUGCAGUCAAAUGGCGAUUGUUCAUCUGCGAUAAACGGCUCGCCGGGGCGUGAAUCGAAUCACAUCAACGCUUUACCCUCCGCUAGACAGGAAACACCAAAAGCUUCUUUUAAUGCUCGUCUCGACAAUCUAGAACUAUACCGAAAAAUCUUAAAACCUGCCACUACGCAAAAUAGCAGUAGUUGCAACACUGGUGCCAACGGUCGAAUGACGGAAGUAGGUCAAUCUAACCUCCAAGCUGAUGAUAGCGGGACGCUUAAAGCCGAUCGUCUACCAUCGGCUGAACUCGGCAGUUGUAAUAAACUAGCCGUAAAAACGGGCGAAGACGAUGAUGCUGCUGCUGGUGGUGGCAGUAGUACUACCAAUAGCAGCAGCAGCGGUCUAGGAUCUAUUAAUAAUUUCUGUGAAGUUCACUGGCGUAAGCGUACCUCGCAGUACUUUAUUACGAGCAGCAAGGCGCAGACAGAACGUCCGAUUGUGUAG